ACCACGCUCACCACUGAAAUGACAGGUGCGAAGCUCUUCUGCAACUGAGCGCGACUUAGCAAGAAAAAGAGGGGUUGUGGAAACGCACAGUUUGAUGUUGGACCGAGCUCCUGCCGCCCUCGGCCUCGGUCAAACCCACCAAACAUUUUGCUGUUCCAGCCAUUCUUCUCUCAGUCACACCUAUUCUCCAUUAUUUGGCUUUUAACUUCUGUCAUAUCCGCUGUGGACCACGUAUUAUCAUAAUGGGAAAGAGUAGGAAACUCUUCCCAUGGAGGACAGCACCAAAGUAACUACUAGCGCGAGGAAAGUACAGCUAAGAACGAAAUCAGCCAAAUUAGUAUAUCGAAGCUCGAAACAAGCAAGCCAAACAUCGCAUUCGCCAGUGCAUAACCACGGAUCCCUAUCACCACAGUGCAGGCAGAGGAAGAUAAAGUGUGACGGGAAAUUCCCUUGCAGGAGAUGUAAGGACGAUGGUCUUGUAUGUACAGCAGGUACACGGAAGAAGACCGAGUGUAAACAAUUACCAAGAGGUUACGCUGAAAUGCUAGAACAUAAUCAACUUACGCUGAUUGCUACCGUUCAUAAGCUCUACGAUAUGGUGCGGAAUGGCCAACAAUGGGAACUUGACGAGCCCGAGCUCAAUGAUCGAGGCCAACCUAUCAUUCACAACAUUGCUGCACUUCUUGGGUGCAUUCGACCCGAUGCGGAUGCGGCCGCGGACCUGCUUUCUCUCACGGUCUUACCUGAACAAGAGGGCGAUUCAUCCGAAUUGGCUGCAGAGCCUGAAGUUCACCAACUGGAGUCACACAUGACAACGGUCAUCUCGGAGACAGACGCAACGUGUAACCUGAUAGAACGAGCAAGCUCACCUGAACUCGGCCAAUCAGACUCUGAACAGGACUACCGGAAAAUCAUGAUGAGUGGUCAAAAUAUGCAAACAUUAUCAUUACAAAACUUCACCUCAUACAAUAGCUUUGACACGAAUACAAUUUUCACCGAUCCGGAUGCCUCAACAAUGUUCCCAGUACAAUCGACCUACAAUCCGACGUUAUUACCGUCAGGCGAUAUUGUCAGGCCUGCAUCAGUGGAUGGCGUUUCACCGCAAUUCAUGCAGCAGAUGGGACAUGAACAUGGUCGAUUUUCUGCUCAGCUAUAUCCUAGUCGAAUACGAGUUUUGCACGAUCAGGUUUCAAAUCUUGAAUUGCCCCAAUCCGAGGUCAUGCUCGGCUUUGGUGGCCAAGUGACCUACUCGGGAUAC